UAUCAUCUUUCUCUUUAUAUCAACAGGGUUCCAGAGAUGCUACAAGCCAAUCCUCCUCUAGCUAAUGUAAACAUUCCAACCUUACCUAUCCUCUCUCUCUCUUAUAAUAUCUCAACAUAGUGUUGUUCUAAGUGUCUCUCCAUGGCUAUCAUCUAUUUUUUCACGUACUCUGCUGUCUUGCCAAUUUUAUUGCUUCCGGUCAUCGGGCAGCUCUCGCCAGACUUCUACGAUGAGGUGUGCUCUCAAGCGCUUCCCACCAUCAAAAGCGUGGUCGAGCAAGCGAUUGCAUCUGAGCCUCGGAUGGGCGCAUCGUUGGUCCGGUUGCACUUCCACGACUGUUUUGUUAAUGGCUGCGAUGGCUCAAUUUUGCUGGAUGAUAGCCCAACCUUCACCGGCGAGAAGACGGCAAGGCCUAACAAUAAUUCCGUCAGAGGCUUCGAUGUAAUCGAUCAAAUUAAAGAUGCUGUCAAUGAUGUGUGCUCAGAAAAUGUGGUCUCGUGUGCUGAUAUCCUGGCGGUUGCUGCCCGGGACUCGGUUGUGGCCCUCGGAGGAAGCUCCUACGAUGUGCUCCUAGGCAGAAGGGACUCAACUACAGCGAGCAAGGAUGCAGCAAACACCAACAUCCCCUCCCCCCUCUCCGACCUCCCGGCCCUUGUCUCCAACUUUGAAUCCCAUGGUUUGGCCCUCGAGGACCUCGUGGUCCUCUCCGGCGCCCACACCUUGGGCUUCGCUCGAUGCGUAUCGUUCCGAAACCGGAUCUACAACGAGACCUCCACCAUCGACGGUGACUUCGCCGCCUCCCUCCAGGCCGUGUGCCCGCAAUCGGGCGACGACGACAACCUCGCGCAGCUCGAUGACACCCCGGAGAGCUUCGACACGGCCUACUACCAAGACCUGAUGGGGAGCAAGGGACUGCUGCACUCGGACCAGCAGUUGUUCAUGGGGGAUGGGAGUGCAGCCGAUGAACAGGUGCAGAGUUACAGCGACGACCCUGAUGACUUCUCGGCGGACUUUGGGGCGGCUAUGAUUAAGAUGGGAAACAUAAGUCCUUUGACCGGAAGCGACGGAGAGAUUCGUGAGAAUUGUCGGGUUGUGAAUUCGGAUUGAGAUGACGAGUUGGCUGAUUACGUAAACGGGAGGGCUUUGUGGUGUGGCAAUACAUGGUUGCUGGGUGUUCGCAAGUUGGUUUCUUGCACCAUGCGAUUUCAACGACUAAGGUUUCGUGCA